UAAAUGUCUACGGAGACUGGUUUUGGUUUCACACAAAAAAAACUCGCGUUAGGAAAUGGAAGGGUUUCGAAAGUGUGAUACGGUCUAUCUAUGGAAUGGAGCAGGGAUAUAUGGUGCAGAUGGUGGAGAUGCAUCGUCAGCUGGGGACAAAGCUGCAGAUCAGGCAGAGAAGACUGAAGGCGCUGCAGACAGUGACGCCAAGCCCUCAACUACCACUUCAGACAGACACAUCUCCAUCCAGACUAAACUGGAAGGACUCGAGGUGCUGGUUGACCUCAAUGGUGCGGGACGUAAGUCUUGCCCUCUGUGUCCCGAGGAGAAGUUUAAAGCCUGCUAUAGCCACAAGCUCCGCAGACACCUGCAGAACCUCCACUGGAAAGUCUAUGUGGAGUUUGAAGGCCAGAUGAUGUGCAUCUGCCACCUGCCCUGCAGAAACCUGAAACCCAGCCUCAGUGGAGAUCAGGCCUCGGGGAGACACGUGGCUCACUACCACUGUGUGGUGUGUUCUGUCACCAUCGCCCGGAAGACGGACAUGAUCAGCCACCUGAAGCGGCACGUCAACAAAGGAGAGACUGAGGCCAGCUACUCGGGGAGCUCAGACGUGCAGUAUGAGGAGCCGGCUCCGUCCGGUCAGCCGUAUGAGAUCAUGAAAGAACUUGGAACCAACGUCCAGCUCCUCCCGAACCACACCACCCCGCAGAAGAGCGACACCUACUUCAACCGCAAGAUGAAGACCAACAGGCAGCUGGUGUUUUGCUCCCUGGCGGUGCUGGCGGAGGAGAGGAGCCCGAUCGAGUGUCUGGAUGCUUUUGGAGCCACAGGGAUUAUGGGCCUCCAGUGGGCGAAGCACCUCCGCAGCGCUGUUAAAGUGACCAUCACAGAUAUCAGCGACACGUGCGUCAAAAUGAUCAAAGAGAACUGCGAGCUCAACAACAUCCGGGUGGACGGAGGCUCGCGAGGCCCCCGGGGUCCCGAGGUGGCCACCAGUGAGGUUGAGGGAACACCCAUCGCUACGGUGGAGGUCGUCAAGAUGGACGCCAACGUCACCAUGCACCUGUGGCCCUUCGACUACAUUCACUUGGAUCCGUUCGGCACUGCAGUGAACUACCUGGACGCUGCCUUCAGGAACAUCCGGAACCUGGGCAUCAUCUCUGUGACGUCCACCGACACGUCCUCUCUGUACUCCAAGAGUCCCAACGUCACCCUGCGGCACUACGGCUGCCACAUCAUCCGCACCGAGUACUACAAAGAGCUGGCUGCACGCAUGGUGGUGGACACAGUGUCCAGAGCGGCGGCUCGCUGUAACAAAGGCAUCGAGGUGCUGUUGGCCGUGGCCCUGGAGCAUUUCGUCUUGGUGGUGGUGCGAGUCCUCCGGGGCCCCACGCAGGCGGACGAGUCCACGAAGAAGUUACGUAAACUGGUCCACUGUCAGUGGUGUGAGGAGAGAGUCUUCCUCAAGAAGGGGAACAUGGUGGACGAAACGCUGCCCUGUAACUGUCACGGAAGUAUGCCCGGGAAGACAGCAGUGCAGCUGGGGCCGUUAUGGUCCGGCCCUCUGUUUAACACAGGCUUCCUGAGGAGGAUGCUGUCUGCGGCGGUGAAGCACAGCAUGGACGACAUCCAGCCGCUCGUCAAAACUCUCAUCUGCGAGUCGGACUGCACCACCCUCAAGUCGCUAGUCCACGGGUCGUCUGCUCUCAGCAACCAAGUGGAGUGCGGAGUCGUCAUCAAGACCUUGAAGAGCGGAGACGAGUCGGGUCAGGCUGAGCAGUCCGGGAAGAGGAAGUCAGGAGAGGAGUCGGGGAAUGUGUUGAAGAGGAUGAAGUGUGAGGCGUCUCUGGAUCACCCGCCCUUCUACUACAGCAUCCACCGCCACAGCAUCCGAGGCAUGAACAUGCCCAAGUUGAACAAGUUCCUUCAGUACCUGACGGAGGCCGGCUUCAGGGUGAGUCGGACCCACUUCGACCCGACGGGGGUUCGAACCGACGCCACGCUGGAGCAGUUUAAAUCUGUCCUCACCAAGUACAGCGUGCCCACCAACACCAACGCCAGCGUCCCUCAGACGAGUGUGAGCAUGGACAAGACGCUGUGAGAGAAACGCAAAGCCUUCCACGCUUUGAAACUAAAUCAGUCUGCUCGUCUGGUUUCUAUUCAUCUAAAGAAAGUUGCACUGAAACUACGUAGACAUGUUUUCACUUUAAUAUAUCUUUAAUCAAACCAAAAACAGAUUUUUGCAUAUUAAACUGCGGAUCCUGCAGCACAGAGGAGCCUCAUUUAUCUGCUGUUUCUCUAUUUAUUUUCAGAGUUCUUAUGAAAAUCUAUGGGUUACAAGUUGUGAUUUUAUUUUCUAGCUGGUUAACUGUCUUGUUUUAUUUCUUGUGUGUAAAAAAAAAAACAUUAAAUAAAACAAAAUCAAC